CCUAGGAGCCGGCGAGCGGGCGGGCGAGCAAGGGAGCGGGAGGCAGCCGGAGCGGCGGCGGCGGCGGCAGGACCCCCCGCCCCUCCCUCAGCCCCUCCGUCGCCAUGCCCGUCAAGAAGCAAGACACCCAACGAGCCCUGCGCCUCUUGGAGGACUACCGGGCCAAGCUGAGCCAGAUGGAGGACCGGCAGCUGAGGAAGUCCGUGGAGCGCGUCAUCGGCAUCUUCCAGAGCAACCUCUUCCAGGCGCUAAUAGAUAUUCAAGAGUUUUACGAAGUGACUUUACUUGACAAUCCCAAAAGUGUCGAUCACUCAAAGGAAAUUGAAUUUGUGCAGCCUGUGAACACGUGGGACUUCUCCAGCCUUCCAAGCACAACGGUGACUUCUGGAACUCUGCCGAGCAGCCUUAGUCCAGCCACAGAGAAAUACCGCUCUCAGGAUGACGAAGAAGAUACUCCUUCACUAGAGCCCAGCGGCUCCUCCCCCCAGGCGCCCAGCGAGGGGACAGCUCCGGAGCUGGUGCAUGUGUCCGAGAAGAGCCUCUCACAGAUCGAGAGCAUCCAUGGAUUUGUUUCACACUCUCAUAUUUCACCAGUCAAGACGGCAGAAGCUGCUCCGCCUCCUCCUCCUCCUCCUGUUGUCUCUGUCCAGCCUGUCCCUGUUGAGGCUGCACCAAUCCCAUCCUCCAUAUCACAGGCAAAUCCCCCUCCAGUCGUGGUGAACACAGAAACCUCGGAGACAACGACUUACGUCAAUGGCACUGAUGGAGACUAUGAAUAUGAAGAAAUUACGCUAGAAAGGGGCAAUUCGGGGCUCGGCUUCAGCAUUGCAGGAGGGACAGACAAUCCGCACAUUGAGGACGACUCGAGCAUCUUCAUUACCAAGAUCAUCCCUGGGGGGGCAGCAGCCCAGGAUGGACGGCUGCGCGUGAACGACUGUAUCCUGCGUGUGAACGAGGCGGACGUCCGCGAGGUGACGCACAGCAAAGCGGUGGAAGCCCUGAAGGAGGCGGGCUCUCUGGUCCGGCUGUACGUCAAGAGAAGGAAGCAAGUGACGGAGAAAAUUGUGGAGCUCAAGCUCGUGAAAGGCCCCAAAGCAGGUCUUGGGUUCAGCAUCGCUGGGGGGGUUGGAAACCAGCACAUUCCCGGAGACAACAGCAUCUACGUCACCAAGAUCAUUGAAGGCGGCGCAGCGCACAAGGAUGGCAGGCUCCAGAUUGGGGACAAGCUCAUGGCGGUGAACAGCGUUUGCUUAGAAGAAGUGACGCACGAAGAAGCAGUGACGGCCUUGAAAAACACCUCCGAUUUUGUUUACCUGAAAGUUGCAAAGCCCACCAGCAUGUUCAUGAACGACAGCUACGCCCCUCCCGACAUCACCAACUCUUAUUCUCAGCCUGUUGACAACCACAUCAGCCCGUCCACCUACCUGGGACAGUCUCUGCCGCCGGCAUCACCAGGGAGGUAUUCCCCCAUUCCCAAGGGGAUGCUGGGAGACGACGAGAUCACCAGGGAGCCGCGGAAGCUGGUGCUCCAUCGAGGAUCCACGGGGCUGGGCUUCAACAUCGUAGGAGGGGAAGACGGAGAAGGGAUCUUUGUCUCGUUCAUCCUUGCAGGGGGGCCGGCAGACCUCAGCGGCGAGCUCAGGAAAGGAGACCGUAUCAUCUCGGUGAACGGUGUAGACCUCAAAGCUGCCACCCACGAAGAAGCCGCUGCCGCCUUGAAGAACGCCGGCCAAGCCGUCGCAAUUGUGGCUCAGUACCGUCCGGAAGAAUACAGCCGCUUUGAAGCCAAGAUACAUGACUUGCGAGAGCAGAUGAUGAACAGCAGCAUCAGUUCAGGAUCUGGGUCUUUGCGGAUGAGCCAGAAGCGGUCUCUCUACGUCAGAGCGCUCUUUGACUACGACAAGACCAAGGACAGCGGCCUCCCCAGCCAGGGGCUGAACUUCCGCUUCGGCGACAUCCUCCACGUGAUCAACGCCUCCGAUGACGAGUGGUGGCAGGCGCGGCUGGUGUUGCCCGGCGGCGAGAGCGAGGAGGUUGGCGUCAUUCCCAGCAAGCGCAGGGUUGAGAAGAAAGAACGAGCCCGUUUAAAGACAGUGAAAUUUAAUUCUAAAACCAGAGGUGACAAAGGGCAGUCAUUCAAUGACAAGCGUAAAAAGAACCUCUUUUCCCGAAAAUUCCCCUUCUACAAGAACAAGGACCAGAGUGAGCAGGAGACCAGUGAUGUGGACCAGCACGUGACGUCCAACGCCAGCGAUAGUGAAAGUAGCUACCGUGGCCAAGAAGAAUAUGUCUUGUCUUAUGAGCCGGUGACUCAGCAAGAAGUCAGUUACACGCGGCCUGUGAUCAUUCUGGGACCUAUGAAAGACCGGAUCAACGAUGACCUGAUCUCUGAAUUUCCUGACAAGUUUGGGUCCUGUGUCCCACAUACCACCCGACCAAAACGAGACUAUGAGGUGGAUGGGCGGGAUUACCACUUUGUGACGUCCCGGGAACAAAUGGAGAAAGAUAUUCAGGAUCACAGGUUCAUUGAAGCUGGGCAGUACAACAAUCACCUGUAUGGGACGAGCGUUCAGUCCGUGCGGGAGGUAGCCGAGAAGGGAAAGCACUGCAUCCUCGACGUCUCUGGGAAUGCCAUCAAGAGGCUCCAAAUAGCCCAGCUGCACCCGAUCGCCAUCUUCAUCAAACCCAAGUCGGUGGAAAACAUCAUGGAAAUGAAUAAGCGAUUAACGGAUGAGCAAGCUCGGAAGACGUUUGAGAGGGCCAUGAAGCUGGAGCAGGAAUUUGCUGAGCAUUUCACAGCCAUCGUGCAAGGCGACACGUUGGAAGAGAUCUACGACCAGGUCAAACAAGUGAUUGAGGAGCACUCCGGCCCCUUCAUCUGGGCACCGGCCAAGGAGAAGCUGUGACGCCCCGCCCCCCCUCCGGCCGUCCUGCACGCAGCGCUGGAUCCACUCUGCCUCCAACAGGGCUUCCCUCCUCCCCCUGGCGGCAGCUUUUCCCUGGAGCUGCGUCCGCGGCACCCUGUGGCCACGGGAGCAUUUCGCACUCAGCGCCCCGGUUUGGCUUACGCCGUUUUGGUCUUGCGAGCUGCCGGUGGGCCGCCGUUUUCUCAAGGAUCGGGGCCGGGGGUGGGCAGUGGCUGGUUCCGCUCUUAUGGCUAGGAAAUGGGGAAUUACGUGGUAAACUCCUUAAUGUUUAAGGGAAAGUAUCCUUCAGAGAUUUUGAGAAAACAAAGCUUUAUAUACAUCCUUUUAAAGAUUUCCUAACAACCUGAAAGAAAAGUGGUCUUAAUGAUGUCAAUUGUGAGCAUUUUUGCACGCUUAACUUUACUAGCAUGGUUUGAUCCAAGGGGGAAAAUGGGUUCGUGGUUUAGUUUCAUAGUUUUCUGUUCUUGGCAGCAAAUAAAUUUUACAGGCAGUUCAAUAAGAAACUUUUUCAAAUGUCCAAGAUAAUGUCUGCUUAAUUGGCAUUAUUUCACAAGGGAAAACUUGUUUUCAUAAUUUCAGAAGAAUAUUCUUUAUAGUCUAUUUUUUCAUUUUUUGCUGAUGCCGUUACUUGGGGCGAAAAUAUCUCCUGUUUUUAAACUAAGCACAUACAAGACUAUUUGGAAUGUCUUACAGAUAUCGUUGAUAGAUAACAAAUAUGACGUUUUCAAAUCCAAAUAUUGUUUAGGUGCUUUAAAAGUUUGUACUUCACCUACGAAUGAUGGUUUUUUGGGGAAAAUAUUCUGAAAGAUUAUUAUCAUUAUUAUGGUCAUAAGAGUCUGAAAAUAUAAAUAUGUUCUUAGAGGUCAGAUUUUAAUGAAUAUUUUACCCACAAUAACUGCCUAUUUUGUUAUAAUAAAACAUAUUAUAUACAUAUACAUAUAUAAAUAUAUAUAUUAAACUUUCUUUAACUAAA